AUGGUUUCUCUACAAGAUUCUCAUUCCAGCUCCAACCACUUCCCUCCUCACACCCGAAACUUCUACUCUCCUUCCUCCACCAAAAUCCACAGGCAAACAGGCCGUUCCAUGCGCACCAUUCGCUCCAACAUCUACCAUGACGAUCAAUCCCGAAACUCCUUCACCACCGAAAGAUCGUCCUUCGUCUCCGAGAACUUGACCGAUUCUGUCAUCGACAUGCGUCUCGGCGAGCUCGCCUUGCGCACCCACAGCUCCGCUGCUAAGUCCGCCUCCUCCGACGAAGAGUUUCUCCAGCUCUCCCAAGCCUUCAGCGAUUUCUCCGCCUGCAGCAGCGACAUCUCCGGAGAAUUACAGAGACUCGCUACUUUGCCGUCCCCGGAAAACGAGCCUACCUCCGAAGCCGAGCCGGAGGUGCCGGAGGAGCCCUGCCAGGGGUUUUUGCAGAGGGAGAACUUCUCCACCGAGAUCAUCGAGAGCAUUUCGCCUGAGGAUCUUCUACCGACGGUCAAGAUCUGCGUCGACGGCCUCCAAUCGCCGUCGAUUGCCAUCAAGCAAUCUGCUGCGGCCAAGCUCAGGCUUUUAGCGAAGAACCGGGCGGACAAUCGCGCUUUGAUAGGCGAGUCCGGUGCGGUCCCUGCUUUAAUUCCUCUGCUCCGGUGCAGCGACCCCUGGACUCAGGAGCACGCAGUCACGGCCCUGCUCAACCUCUCUCUGCACGAAUCGAACAAGGCGAUAAUCACCAAUGCCGGAGCUAUAAAGUCUUUAGUGUACGUGCUCAAAACCGGGACGGAGACCUCGAAGCAAAACGCUGCGUGUGCGCUCUUGAGCCUGGCCCUAAUUGAAGAGAACAAGAGCUCAAUCGGAGCCUGUGGGGCCAUCCCGCCGUUGGUUUCGCUGUUAAUAAGUGGAUCCACGAGGGGCAAAAAAGACGCCUUGACGACCCUGUAUAAGCUCUGCUCGAUAAAGCCCAACAAAGAGAGGGCAGUGAGCGCCGGAGCUGUGAAGCCGCUGGUGGCUCUAGUGGCGGAGCAGGGGACGGGCUUGGCGGAGAAGGCGAUGGUGGUGCUGAGUAGCUUGGCUGGGGUUGAGGAGGGGAAGGAGGCCAUUGUGGAGGAAGGUGGGCUUGCGGCACUUGUGGAGGCCAUUGAAGAUGGGUCGGUCAAAGGGAAGGAGUUUGCGGUGUUGACGCUGUUGCAGCUGUGUACUGAGAGUGUGAGAAACAGAGGGUUGCUGGUGAGGGAAGGAGGGAUUCCACCUUUGGUUGCGCUUUCGCAGACUGGGACUCUUAGAGCUAAGCACAAGGCUGAAACGCUUCUUGGGUAUCUGAGAGAACCGAGGCAAGAAGCGUCCUCUUCAGCCCUUUAG